AUUGCCUUGGCUUAAACUCCAUAAUUUAAAGCUCGUUCGGUUUCUUUCGCGAUAUUGAUCGAGAUAGAGAAGAAGAAAGCCUAUCAAUCGUAAUUCCAAUGUUGCAGAGUCAGCGUUCCAGACGACGUUGCGAGGGCACCGCCAUGGGCGCCAUCGUUCUCGAUCUCCGUCCCGGUCAAGGAAUCGGACCUUUCUCACUCGGGAUGCCGAUAUGCGAGGCAUUUGCUCAAAUAGAACUGCAUCCGAACAUUUACGACGUUGUUCAUGUGAAGUAUUUUGACGAGGAGCCACUUAAGCUUGAUAUUGUUAUUAGCUUUCCGGAUCAUGGUUUUCAUCUACGUUUUGAUCCCUGGUCUCAGAGACUACGGCUUAUUGAAAUUUUUGAUGUCAAACGGCUUCAAAUGCGCUAUGCAACUUCUUUGAUAGGGGGUCCAUCAACUCUUGCUACUUUUGUAGCUGUAUAUGCACUUUUCGGGCCAACUUUUCCUGGAAUUUAUGACAGAGAUAGAAGUGUCUAUACAUUAUUCUACCCAGGGUUGUCCUUUGCUUUUCCCAUUCCCAGCCAGUAUGGGGAUUGCUGCCAAGACAGAGAAGCUGAGUUGCCGUUGGAGUUUCCAGAUGGCACGACUCCAGUUACUUGUCGUGUGUCUAUAUAUGACAGUUCUCCUGACAAAAAAGUUGGUGUUGGAUCAUUAAUGGAUAAGGCUAUUGCUCCUCCAAUGCCUAUUGGAAGCCUGUACAUGGAAGAGGUGCAUGCUAAGCUUGGGGAGGAGUUGUACUUUACAGUUGGGGGCCAGCAUAUUCCUUUUGGUGCAUCACCACAGGAUGUGUGGACUGAGCUAGGCCGCCCUUGUGGAAUCCAUCAAAAGCAGGUAGACCAGAUGGUGAUUCAUUCGGCCUCAGACCCUAGGCCACGGACAACACUUUGUGGCGAUUACUUCUACAACUACUUCACUCGUGGUUUGGACAUUUUAUUUGAUGGGCAGACCCAUAAAAUUAGAAAGUUUGUUCUACAUACAAACUAUCCUGGCCAUUCUGAUUUCAAUUCAUACGUGAAGUGCAAUUUUAUUGUCCUUGGUUCCGACUUUGAGGGGACAGACGCACAUAGCUAUAAAAACAAGAUUACUCCUAGCACUAAAUGGGAGCAGGUGAAGGAGAUCCUGGGGGAUUGUGGUAGAGCGGCUAUACAAACACAAGGGUCAACUAGCAAUCCUUUUGGAUCAACUUUUGUUUAUGGCUAUCAAAAUAUUGCAUUCGAGGUGAUGAAGAAUGGGUAUAUUGCAACUGUAACUCUGUUUCAAUCAUGAUAAUUAUUACUCCCCCGGUUUGGCCCAUCUGGAUGAUGUCAAUACACAAAAUUAAGGGGCAGGUGCAUUUAUAUGGCGUGUCUAAACCCAAAUAAAUCAAAUUAGGGGAAAAAGUGUUAUCAUUGUACAGCUAUAUGUGUAUUAAUUCGUACAGUUAUUCUUAAUUGUAAUUACUGGAUGUAACUUGUGUAGUUGACUUUUGUAUAAUUGAAAUAAUGUACUUUGUUCUCAA